CAGACACAGUCUUCGCUCGAUCGUUGGACCAGCAAGUGAAAGAAAUCCCAGAAACAUGAAGGUCUUCGUUGCCAUCUGUGUGCUGAUUAGCCUUGGCCUGGCCUCGGCUGACUACCGCCUGAGGAAUCGCAACGACAUGCUGGCCUACCGCGAGGAGUGCGUCAAGGAGCUGGCCGUCCCAGCCGAUCUCGUGGAGAAGUACCAGAAGUGGGAGUACCCCAAUGAUUCCACCACACAGUGCUACCUCAAGUGCGUCUUCACCAAGUGGGAGCUCUUCGACAAGACCACCGGCUUCAAUGUGGAGAACAUCCACCAGCAGCUAGUGGGACAUGGCGCCGACCACAACGAGGCCUUCCACGGCACUCUGGCCGCCUGUGUGGACAAGAACGAGCAGGGUUCCAAUGCCUGCGAGUGGGCCUAUCGUGGUGCCACCUGCCUGCUGCGUGAGAACCUGGACCAGAUUAAGAAGAGCCUGGCCCCCAAGGCCUAAGGAUGGACUUGAACUCAUAUAAGCAUUAAUUUAGUUAAUAAACUCUUUGAUUUUCGUGAAAGUAA